CCCUCUGCUUGUUUCUGCUCCUGUUUGCAAGAGGUACCCGUAAGAGAUCCCCCACCCCAGUGCAGGCCAUCCAGCAGCCCUCUCAGAACAAGGUGGUGAGGACGUGGUGGCAUCUCCCUUAUCCUUCCUUGAAAUCCUGCCACUAGCAGGGGUGCAUUCCCCCUGCCUAUUGUGUCUCUAUCCGUGCUAGCCAUCUGGGUGACAGUGAGGCUAUCUCUUCCACUGUGAAAAGCUGUGUAAGCAGCAUCUAGAAAGAGGCACCUGCAUUUGGGAUUCUUGAAUUGGAUCCCACCCAGGCAUGACAGGAGGGCAUCCCUGUACAUAGUCAUCCCAGCUCUUGUGUCAGCUGUGGAAUGAAGGGUGCUUUUUGGGUAAUGUGUUGGGUGGGAGGUGCUUAGGUGAAUGGCUUGGUGUUAGGUAUUUGCUCAAUGCCCAGCAAGCAAGGAGCUGCCUAGUGUUGCUAGGUUUUCCUGGGCCACAAACAAAUCAAGCAACUCUUCUGAGGACACCCCUGGGGUCCUGCAAGUUCUAGAGCAUCACCUGCAUCAUUGUGAUGUUCUGGGUUCCAGUAAGGUGGGAACUCUACCUCGAAAGUGAUUCUGCAGCCAAGGACAGGGCUGGAAGUCUUCUCUGUCCCAUCAAAGACGAUUGCUUUGCUCUUCUGAGAAGUUGUACCCUAGCACCCCCUUUCCCCAGGUCCCUGGGGCUGCCUAGGAUCAGAAGUGGAUUUAUGAGGCUCCAUGGAGUGGGACCAAGCACACUUUGAUCUGCAGGUAGAGGGACGAUCUGAAUUGGAUAAGUACCUCUCCAACCAGAUGCCACCCAUCCCCAUGAUACCAGACAAGAAAUACCGCCGGGAGAGCGCCUCAGUGGUAGAUGAAUUCUUCUCAACAGAGAAACCCACUUCCACGCCUUACAGCGUGAACAUCAAUGUGAUCCUGCCCGACACCACGCACUUACGCACUGGACUUUACCGAUCCCCCAAACCCAUGACGCCAUUUACGCAGAUCAAGACGGAGCCCAGCACCAGCUUCUCCCAGCCCUGCUCUUCCACGUCGGGCUCCACGCAGACCCUGCCUGACUUCACCAGCGUCUUCAGCAUGCCCCAGUCAGUGGCAGUCAACAACAUCUUCAUCAAGCAGGAGAUGCCUUCUGAUAUCCCGCUAUCCAGCAGUUCACAGCAAGCCCAGUUUUACCAGAUGCCUCUUGGCAAUGGCAGCGCUGAUCUUACCAACCUGACACCCUCCUCAAACAGCACCACAGCCAUCAACAGCCUCAGUGGUGUCACCAUGUCCACAGGAAAUGCCAUGUCCAGUGUGCUUCACAGACAUGUCCAGGCUGGAGGGCCAGUUAAGCAGUACCCACAUGUCUCCCAAGGACAGGAGAACUUCAACAUCUCAGGGCAGUUCUAUGCUGUGCCAGGGGUGAACCUGCCGCCUUCGCCCCCCAACUCGCAGCCUGGCAGCCCGGAAAAUCAACCAGAGCUCAUCAACACCAUCUCUCCCCCACCAUCCUAUGAAGCCACUUUUGGACUGAAGCUGGUCCAAUCAUCCCAGGUCCCUCCAGUCCCCAACAGCCUUGGGACCCUCUGCCAAGGGCACACUGUCAUGCAGACCCUGAAAUAUAACAGACGCAACAACCCUGAGCUGGAGAAAAGGAGGAUCCACCAUUGUGAUUACCCAGGUUGCACAAAAGUGUAUACCAAGAGCUCCCACCUGAAGGCACACCAAAGGACUCACACAGGUGAAAAGCCCUACAAGUGCACCUGGGAUGGCUGCGACUGGCGCUUUGCCCGCUCCGACGAGCUGACCCGGCACUACCGCAAGCACACAGGUGCCAAGCCCUUCAAGUGCCUGGCCUGUGGCCGGUGCUUCUCUCGCUCUGACCACCUGGCCCUGCACAUGAAGCGGCACCAGAACUAGGGACCACCUCCAUUGCUAUGUCUCCAAGGGCAGCUGGCACUCUUCUUCGAGGGGAGCUCUCCUCCACUUGUACAUAGGAACAACCCCGUGCUGUGAUCAACUGGCAGGACAGAAGGUGAAUCCCACCCCCACCAUUCCUGGUUUUAAAACAGAUACCAUUAAAAAAGAAUGAUAAUUACAGACUGAUCUUGCCACGAAGCUCCCUGCAACACCAGGGCGAUGGGCUUUGGAUGGCAAACAUCUUUCUUCCAGCAAACCUGCUAUUUAUUUGUCGCUUGGGACCAGGUCUCCUUGGUGUCUUUUGCUCCUGGGGACAUUUUGCCCCUCUCAAGGUUGUGCCUUUGGGGAGUCAAAGGAUGGAUGGGAAGGCUGGUGGACCUGGGUGUCCCACCAGUUGUGAAAUCCUCUAAGACUGCCCCAUUUCAUGGCCCUGGUUGGCACUGGUGACAUGGAGAAGUGCGGCCCAUGGCUGCUUGGGUUGACAACCCCAGUCUCUGUGGGGGCAUGGAAGAAAGUAUGAAAUACUCACACAAGGGACAGUGCAGAAGCUGCAUCCUGUCAAACCCAGGGCAUUUGCCCUGCUUGGCUAGAUUUUCUGGUUACGUCCUCAGCAUUUCUGCUUCCAAGAUGAAAUGUGACUCCGGAUAACUCUGAGGGGACCAGGGUGGGUCUCAGAGCCACCCUGGAGACAGCAAGGAACUCACCUGUGAGCUCUGGCUUCCCAGAACGUGCCAUGCCUUUCUGCAAAGGGCAGGCUCUGCUCAUGCCUUGACCACAUGCAUGAGGAACAUCACCCAUCACGCUGGGCCUGUACUGUUGCUGUUUCACCACCUUCAGACAGAAAGGAAAGGGGAAAAAGAACCAAAGAAAUGUCUUUAAAACAAAUUCCGAUAAAUUGUGCUGUUCAGAAUGUGAUCGUGUUACCUACCUCACUGGUUCCCCACCCCAGGCUCUGCAAGGCACCUCCCUCCACUUCCUUGGGUGCCGUGACGCAUAGGGCACGUUGGCUCCCCUUCAAAGCCUACCAGGGGUUAGAUGUGGGCAGAACAAGGACCAGGCCACGCCAGCUCAACCGGCAGCCGUGGGGGUAAUAAGUAAAUCAGGAACAAAUAAUAUGCCCGGUGCAUUCAACAGAAUAUUGAUUUCCCCCACCCCAGCUUCUCUUUCAUUCUUUCUUGAACAAAUUUAAGGAGCAUGUGGAUGGAUGCAUCUCCUCACCAGGAAAUGAACUGCAGCAUCUUCAGGCCCAUAAAUGAGCUUUUGCUAACUGCAGCCAUGGCCACCAAGCCCUGGUCAUGGUCACAUUCUCAUGUCCUUUCUUCAGCUCUUCCUUCAUGGCUUAGUGGGGAGCAGCAGGUGCUGGGGCUUGGCCAACGGGCUCAUCCACACUUCACCCUGUUGGCUGUGGGGUCUCUGCGUGUGUUGAGUGUCUGCAAGUGGUAGAAGCCAUCAUGCUGGGGCAGGUGCUGCUGGUUCCUCCUCUUGUAUCCUUUUGGAGACCCUCUGAGCAGGGUCAGAAUGAAAGGGGUUGAACCUCCUAAACAUGUGAGUUAAACUAAAGGGCACAGGGUUGACCAACCCACAUGUGCUGUGGGACUGGUUGUAGGCUCACCCCUCACCUGUCACCCUCCCAGAGGGACUUCAUUCCAUCCUCCCUUUUAUUUUGGGGAUAGAAACCUCCAGCUGCCCCCAUUUCUGUCUCCUGGGGCCCAAAACCCAUGUGCUGACAAACAGCAAAUGCCAAACCAGGCAACAGGCAGCUUUAAAUCAUAGGAGAAUUUGAAAUAAUUUACCUGAUUAUCUCAUUUUUUUUUCACUACAGAAAACAAUGCAUCUGCCCAUCCUCACAUAGACACACAUUUAUAUUUUUGAGAUUACUUUGAUGGGGGACUGAGGAAGAAGUGUAAUAAUGAAUAACCCACCCCAGCCCAUCUCUGCACCUCUGGUUUGUAUGCAAAAUGCUGCCAUGCAAAUGUUUUACUAGCACAAAGGCAACACUAAAAGAGUCCCCAGCAAAACCAGAGUGCGUCUCAGCUUUUAUUCCUUUUUUCUGUCUCCAGCUGUGUGUUUGGUGGCUGAAGGCAGCUUUGCCUAUGAGCCUCAGAAGAAGCUGGGGCAGGAGGGGAGGGAUGCUGAAAGUGCAAAGCCAGCAGCAGGGGAGAGAGAGGGAGCUGAGCUGGAGGAAGGUCUCUCUGUUCCCUGCCCCUUCCCAGACGGGAAGACAUUGGGGAAAGUCUGUGAGCCCGGGGGGCUCUUCCUGCAAGGUUUCCUGUGCUUUGUGCAGAACAAACCCAGCUUGUAUCAUAGCAGCAGAAUGGCUGUAAAUAGGAAAGCACUGCAUCGCUUGGUGUGUCUGUGCGGGCUGAACGUGAUCGUUCACUGCCCAGAAUGAGCACAGCAAGAAGAAGUAAUUGGGACCUGGAAAACUUGGGUGGAAGGUUUUUUUUUUUUUUUUCCAGUGAUGCUUUUUGUUUGUUACACAGCCCCUACAACUAUUAAUCUAUCUAAUAUUUUGUAAUAAAAUUUUAUCUCGUGGAGAUGGCGUCUCUCUUCCCUCCUGUUGUAAGUAGUGCUCCUGUUGCCUUUGCCCGCUGCUCAUGUGUGCGUGUGUGUGUUGGUUUUAUGAGCUUAAUAAAAGGAAAAAUGGCUUUUUAA